UUUUUUUUUCAAAUUCAGUGAGAUCAUCUCGCCUGGAGGCUGCAAUGUGACAGAAAUGCUAAGUAGCCCUGUCGCUCGGGGAGGCUUCCUCAUCUAAACUCCGUAGUCGUCUUGCUUGUCAUCAGGUGGUAGCUUUCAGAAAACGAAUACCUAAUUGAAUUGGGGGUAGUAAUUCCCGGAAAGAGGCCAAGGCCUAAAAGCAUAAGGUAUAUGUAUUGCUUAGGUCAAAGUGAAUGUAAAUCUUCGAGAAUAGGAUGGAGUAACUAUGAAUUAAGAACUGCGGGAAUUAGUCUUCCAGUUGAAAAUUCUAGAAAAUGUAGAUAAACUGUUGGCACGUGGCACCUGUUUCUUUGCAAAGGAAGAGUAAUCCUGAGUCAUAACUGGAUUUCGAUUUCAGUUUUUUACAUCUUGGUGGUUAAUACACUUCAACUUUUCAAUAGCCUGAAAUAUUUUACAUGCCAAAGUACUUAAUUUUGAUACAGUUAAUAUCCUUCAACUUUCACUACUCUGAAACACUCUAAGUGCCAAAGUACUUAGUUUUGAUGACGUUUGAUAAUUAUGGAUAGUAGUUGUCAUCCAUGCAGUUAUGUUAAACAGAUGGGACAACCGAACACUUCACACUUCUUAGUGUUUCUAAGUGAGUCAUUUGAAGUGUGUGACUAAUCAUCCUACCAUACAGUUGUCAACAAAACAGUAUUUUUUUUUUCUACCACCCACAAAAUCUGAAGAAGAGAUUCUCAGAUUUUCUGUGGAUGAGAAGUGAAAAGUAAAGAGCCUCUCUUUUGAGAAACAGUUUAAAUUUAGAUCGAGGCGGGCUACAAGUGAUGGACUUUUCAUCUUAAGAACUGAUGUUUUUUCUGUGCAGCAAUAUCCAGGAAGUCAGUUAACUUACUAAGGUGACUGUCAGGCAAACAGUAACAUGUUAGUUGUUUUAAAGCUUUCAUCUAAAUAGAAACGUUACAUGAAAUUAAAUUAAUUUUAUCUGUGUUGUUUCCCCUUCCUGCUUUAUUUACCUUAAGUUGUAAGUCAUGUGGGGCAGAGGCAGUAUAAUAUUCAGUACAGUAUGGAUGGGGUAUUUUCAUGAUAAUAGUCGAGUGAUCAGUGUCAUUAGGGUAAUAAUAGUGCUGUGUGUUGAGGGGGGAGGAAUUACAUUUCUUUUGAGGAAACCAGGGUAGUAAGACAAAGAGCUGGCUGAGAAAUUUGUGUUUAGAAAUGUGAUAUGAGAAGUGACCUGAUUUGAACAUAGCCCUUGUGGGAAAUGGAAGUCAGUGAUUACCUACAGCUUGUGAGUCUGAGCUAAGAGGAUGACAGUAAAUUUUAAACCCCCACAAAUACUAUGGGAAUAGAAAAUGUCUUAAGGGGGAGAUAUUCAGAUUUUAUUUAUUUUAAGUUAAGUGAGUUAAAGAACUAGGAAGGAAGUAUUGAAUACACUGAAAUGCAGUAUUGGACACAGGAGGCAGAUGUGUAAAAAGAUUGGGAAGAGCUGUUUAGAAGUGGUUACCUGUGGGGGAGGGAAGAAGUAGCAUAUGGGGUAGAAAAUGAGGAGACCAAGAAUGCAUCAGAGUGGAUUCCACAAAGAACAUGAGACAGGACAGCCUGGCACUAUCAUCAUGGAUCGCUCUCGGCACCGUGCAGGAAAUAGCAAUGAGCAGGCAUCUUCUCGAGAGCAUAGUCAUGGGGCAGAUGAGAGACAACGGCAGCUGGAGCGCCUCAGCAGAGAAGAGGCCUAUUAUCAGUUCAUUAAUGAACUCAAUGAAGAAGACUACAGGUUAAUGAGAGACCGUAACCUGCUUGGCACGCCUGGGGAAAUAACAGCAGAAGAGUUGCAGCAACGCUUGGAGGGGGCUAAGGAGCGUCUGGCAUCGCAGACUGAUCUGGAUAACAGAGAAGGUGAAGGUAGAACUGUUGGAGAUUCUGAUGUUCUUGGAGAAAACUCAAAUGGUGACUCUUUGCUUGAGUGGCUGAACACAUUUCGUCGCACAGGAAAUGCCACUCGCAGUGGACAGAGUGGGAACCAGACCUGGAGAGCCGUGAGUCGAACAAAUCCAAACAGUGGGGAGUUUCGGUUUAGUCUUGAAAUCAAUAUAAAUCACGAGCAUAACAGUUUUGAAACUGCUGGUGAGGAGUAUGUGGGUAUAGAUAGUAGCAGAAUGUAUGUAAGAAGAAGACAUCAAAGAGCUGUCAGUCCAGUAACCCCACGAACGAGGAGCAGGACUGCAAGAGAGGCAAACAGUGAGGCUUCAAGCACUGCAAGGACCAGGUCUAUGAGAAGUUCCGUGGCACAAAGAUCUGAAGCAGCCUCUCAUCCAGUCUUGGGAAGGCUCAGGAGUAGAACAAGGGAGCUGGCAGGCCUUUCCCAAACAAAUAAUGCACGUAAUAAUUCUGCAGCUACUGGAGAACCAAGAGAAACACCAGAAAGAGGUAGUUCUACAGGAGUCAGAAGAGGUAGAGCUAGAACUAGUGUUCGGAUGAGUACAAACCAAAGACUAGAAAUUCUGCGCCUGAGGUCUACUUUAAGUAGUCGAAGCCGUUCUCCCCUGCAAAGGCAAGGUGAUGCUGCUCAUUCUGAGGAACACGCGCAGAGGCAGGAUAGAAAUGCACAGCCAGUCAACAGAAGUAGAAGACAAACAGCUCAGCCUUCUCCGCAGCCUGCCGAAGAACAAGCAAGAGGUAACACUCAGGCUCCUCAACUGUCCGGUGUAGCACCAUCCUUGGGAAUAACGUUGGAAGAGGAGGAGUCUAGUAGGCCAGCAGCUGCCGUUAGAAGGCACCCAACAAUUACAUUAGAUCUUCAGGUGAGAAGAAUUCGUCCUGGAGAAAACAGAGAUCGGGACAGUAUUGCCAGUAGAACUCGUUCUAGAGUAGGAAUGGCAGAAAACACAGUUACCUUUGAAAGUGACAGUGGGGGAUUUCGGCGUACGAUAUCGCGCUCAGAACGUGCAGGUAUUCGAACCUACGUUAGCACUAUCCGGAUACCUCUUCGUCGGAUUUCAGAAACUGGGCUUGGUGAACCUUCAUCAGUGGCUCUUCGAUCAAUCCUGAGACAAAUUAUGACAGGCUUUGGAGAAUUGAGUUCUUUAAUGGAAACGGAAUCCAACUCGGAAGUGCAAAGAGGCGGUCAUCACUUACCAGAUUUACAGUCAGAGCAGAAUAACUCCAGUUCAGCAAACAAUAGCAGUGAUCCCAGUGAGAUUUCAUCUAGAAAUGGGCGUGCAGUAGAAGGCAGCAGGGAAACAAAUGGGCAGAGUGAUGAUACUCAACGCUAUGGUCGCAGUAAUGAAAACCAAGAUACCAGGCAGUCUCAAGACGCUAACAACCUCGUGGAAAAUGGAACGCUGCCCAUACUUCGCCUUGCCCACUUCUUCUUGCUGAAUGAAGAUGAUGACGACGAUCGUUUAAGAGGUUUAACCAAAGAGCAGAUUGACAAUCUUUCUACCAGGAACUAUGGGGAUACUCACACUGAAAAUGAAAUAAGUAAAACGUGUAGUGUUUGCAUUAAUGAAUAUGUAACAGGGAAUAAGCUAAGGCAGUUACCUUGUAUGCAUGAGUUUCAUAUUCAUUGCAUUGAUCGCUGGCUUUCUGAAAACUCCACUUGCCCAAUUUGUCGGCAGCCUGUAUUGGGGUCUAAUGCCACAGACAAUGGCUAAAAUUAUUUAUACUGCUCAGUACUCAAGGAUUUGCUUCUGCUCUAUUUAUAAUGAGCCAGAUGGAAUUAGUUGACUUACAUAGGGGUCCAUUUGUGUGGGGAGUUUUGUUAAAUUUCUUUAAAAAUAAUAGGAAACUUGUCUAAAUCUAGCAAUGUAAAUACUAUUUUUCUCCAAGUGCAGACCUAGGAGUACACAUAGAACCAAAUGAUAUCGGUAAAGUUUAUAUUUUUUUAGGUAAUUUUGUUAUGCUAAGCACUUUUGUAAAUACAGAAAUGCAAUAGUUAAUCAGUCCUGCUUAAUGUAUGUUUUUUUAACAGUGUAAUGGACUUGCUUUAUUUAGAUUACAAAUUGUUUCACACAGACCCACCACUGUGUUGAAAAAUUAGUGUCUAAAUAGCCAUUCAUUAGCUUUUUGUUCUAAGAACAAUUUCUUUUACAGAGAGUCUCUUGCUGGAAAUGUUUGCUAAAGAUAUUUAAGUUACUUGAAGUGCUCAUUUUAAUAGACAGUCUAUUUUUUUUAACAUUGAGAUAUCCUUUCCAAAAAACUUGCCAAUUUGGUUCUAUUUAAAAAAAAUUUAUGGCAAUUUUUGCAUGUGGUUUUACACAAUGCUUAAGGCUGAGUUCAUAUUCAAAAGUUGAUGGGUUAGUGACAUUAUAAAAUGUACAUAAUUAAACGCUGUCUUUGACAAUCGCUGUCUUUUCAGUGCAGACAGCAAUCAAAUCAAUGAUAAUUCCAAGAGGGCGGGUCUUACCGAACAUGAUAUUUGCUCAAAGAAUAAAUGAGCCCUGAGGAAGCCUUUUUACUCUUCCAGAUUACUCAAUUGAUAUUCAUGGGGUUUUUAACUGCCUUAGUUUAAAGAGGAAAAUAUUUCCUUGACCAUUAUAUUGUCUACAAUAUGCAUGAUUUCUGCAUCCUACUCAGAAAAAACAAAACGAAGGCUUGAAAUGUUUUUGUACAGAAGUUUAAGGUACACGUAUAUUAGUCCUCUUGAAACAUGUCUGAGGACCAAAUGGCAAAAGACACUAAAAAGGACAAAAUAAGCUUCCCUUAAAGUCCCCAGAUUACUGUAUAAUUAGAUAUUAAACUUUAUACCAAUAACUUAUCAAGAAAUAAAGUUGCAAAGUAAAUAA